AUGCGUAUCUAUACUAGGAUGCUAGGAACAGAUGACGGUCAAUGGGCCAACCCAGCAUUGCCCUGUUGCAUAUUAUGUGGUACACGGAUAGAAUGUGACGAAAAUGCUCGCGAUUUCUUCUCGCAAGUCCCCGGUUUAGAACCAAACAGUGUGCGAUACAAAAUACUCCCGGAGGGUGAGCUUCAUUCUAUGCUUGCUGAAGGCAAAUGUCAGUGGAAGUCCGCGUACAGAGCCAUUGUGAAACCUUUGGAUGGACCUCCAAUCAUAUCGGGUGCCAGCUAUCGUCACCGUAGCUUCGGAGUACGUGGAGGAUACACCAUGGCUGUCCCCCGCCGUCAAGACACAGUUAUCCUUGCCAAGGGGAUAAUCCACCCCAGAGGAGAGUUUCUCUGGUUUAAAGAGCCAGAACAAGAUCCAAGUCUUGUGGAAGGGGCGCAGAUAGGCUGGCCCAUACAUGAGUCCUGUUGGAUGAUGGCCGAUAAAUGCUUUAGGCGCGAAUUCAUUGAGAAUAACAUCGAGUUGUUUAUGCAUGCACUCGAUGAAGAACACCGUCGCAAACGCGCUGAUCGUGGAAUAAACGGUCCAAUAGACAGAGAAUCUGGAAAUUGGGGCUUCCUCCAGAGAGACCCCAUGUAUAUACCAGAACUCCGACAGCUCGCGCAAAUGGGACUUGAAAAAUAUCAGUCCAGCACUGUCGCGCAAAUGAACCAGUCCACCUACAAAGGUGCCAUGACUGCUAGUGCAUUCAGAAUCUCACCGGGCAGUUUCAGCCGACUACCGCUUGACAUUGCCAUGGAAAUUGCCGGCUAUCUCAGUGGACCAGACCUGCGCCGUCUGAUAAUAGCAGCCCAAUGGAAAUUUCCAAGUAUAUACUGGAAGCGAAGAAUUCCGGCAGUUAUUUUUGAGCUUUAUGAAGUGCUAGCACGCAGAGAUAUCGAUUGGCAGCACGUUGGACUGGAAUAUGACAGGUUGAUGGAACGAACGAAUGGAAUCCAUCAUCGCCUUCGCCUAGCAGACUAUUUGUCGCGGAUACAUGCGUCCUGUCACAACAAUCUAGGAGAGGUUUUUCUCGAAGAAGGUCAGUUUAUUACCUAUGUGGAUCUUUAG